CGAUACACGGUGGUAGCAAAAACAUGAAGAAAGUAUAUCUCGCUGCUAUAGCAGGAAAUCUAGGUUCGUUGUCAGUGGGUUUAAAUAUGGGAUGGUCAUCGCCAUCCGUGCCUUUAUUAAUAAAUGGUGAUAAUGCUGGAUAUCCCGUGCGUUUGAACUUGGAAGAAAUCUCUUGGGUGUCAUCUUUACUUACUCUUGGUGCCAUCCCGGGUUGCAUUAUUUCUGCAUUAACAGUGAAUAUCAUCGGCAGAAAGAACACCAUGCUAUUUUCAGCUGUGCCUGCGGUAAUUGGCUGGUUGCUGAUAAUUUUCGCAACAUCAUCAACGGAUCUAUACAUAUCGAGGUUUUUAUCCGGACUGGCUAUGGGCAUGCAUAUUUCAAUCAUGCCGAUAUAUUUGGGCGAGAUUUCGCCAGCAAAAAUUCGCGGUUAUUUGGGAUCCAUGCUGAUAGUCGCUAUGAAACUUGGUGUUUUGAUUGAGUUCACGAUAGGUUCGUUUCUUUCGGUGAAAAAUCUCGCUCUCAUCUCUUUGGCGGCACCUUGUCUGUUCGUGGUCAGUUUUAUCUGGUUACCAGAAUCUCCGUACUAUUUGAUACGCUGCGAUGCCAAGGAGAAAGCUAUAAACUCUCUUGUUCAAUUGAGAGGCAAAAAGGAUGUUUAUAAGGAGGCAGAUACCAUUGAGCAAUCUGUAAAAGCCGAUUUGGCUAACAAGGCUGGUCUUCGUGAACUCCUAUUUAUACAGGGAAAUCGCAGAGCCUUAACAACAUUGGUAUGUCUGGUGACAUUUCAACAGUUGAGUGGCUCUCAAGCUCUGUUGCAGUACGCUCAAAUAAUUUUCGAUAAGAUGAACAGUAAUAUGGAAGGCAAAUACUUGACUAUAAUACUGGGCAUCAUACAACUAGUCUGCACGAUUAUCUGCAUGAUUAUCACUGAUUGCAGUGGCAGGAAGUUAUUGUUGACGAUCUCCGCUGUCGGUACGAUGUGCUCCACUGCCAUAAUCGCAAUAUAUUUUCAUCUUCAAUACAAUCACGUGGAUAUCAGCAAUAUAACAUGGUUACCCGCUACAGGCGUGAUCUUAUUCAUAGUCAUGUAUAGCCUCGGUUUGUCAGUGUUACCGUUCACCAUGGCCGGCGAAUUAUUUUCCAUGAACGUGAAGGCCCUCGGCAAUAUGAUAGGUAUGAUGACGAUGACAAUCGUAGCGUUUGUCGUGACGAAUUUAUAUCUGAUCAUAAGUGAAAGUGCCGGGAUGCACACGCCGUUCUGGAUAUUUGCCGCGUGCUGUUUUGUCGCUGCUAUAUUCACGUUUUUCUACGUACCUGAAACUAAAGGCAAGACGUUGGAAGAAAUACAGAAAAAACUGCAUAAUCCGUCGAAAUGAAAAGAAUUUGAGAAUGAACAUAUCGAUCUUCUCUUGAUAAAUAUUUGAAGAAUAUUAAUUUACAAAAUAUUCGCGUUUUAUCGACGAAAACAAGAUUGAAAAAUCUUUCCAGAUCAUAAAAUGUAAUAGAGGCUUAAUAAUGGAUAGUUUUUAAACUAUAGUGUACCAAAGAUAUAAAACAGAACAUUUGGUGCUGUAGAGUCAACUUAAGAAAUCUCAUUUUUAUGUAAUCCUAUAAAAAAACUAACGGAAUUAGAUCUGACAAACAUUAUUGAAAC